ACACGAGCGUUGAGGCCAACAGCUAUGUGUCAUACGUGUUGUUAACCGCGGUUGUCGAGCGCCUGUAUUAAUGAUUAAUUGUAUCUGCGUAGUUCAAAGUUGUUGUUGUUGUUGUUGUUGUUGAAAGGAGACCAGGUGACGCAUAUCCGGAAGUUAGCAGGCAUCGCAAACAAGGCAGGUUGUGCAUGCACAUUGUUAUCAGAUUUACCACAAGAAUGGCAGCUUCGAGCGUCCAACCAACAGGAUUUGUUGACAACUGGCAAGCUGGGAAGACCCUCGCUCAGUGUAAUCGGCGCAUGUUGGAUGCAGAAGAUUCGUGUGACGUCACAUUUCGAGUGGGAAGUACAGGUCACAUGAUCAAGGCCCAUCGCUACGUACUCAUCAGCAGAAGUUGUGUGUUCCACGCCAUGUUUACCGGCCCCCUGGCGGAGAAGUCGGAUGUCAGUAUUCCAGAAAUAGAGCACAAGGAUUUCAAACAGUUCGUGUUAUACCUUUAUACUGACACAACACAUAUCGACGCCGACAACGUAACUGCUCUUCUGUACGCCUCCAGGAAAUAUGCCACCACUACCUUAGAAUCCCAAUGUCUUGAGUUCUUGGAGAAUAACCUUUCUGUUGAAAACGCUUGUGUGGUUUUGGAGGCAGCUCAUCAUUAUGAUCAGAGCCAUUUGUACAAAGAGGCCUUGACCUUAGUCAAAAGCGAAGGUGACAAGUCCCUGCAGUCAUUAGGAUUCCUGGCACUAAGCCACGUGUUGGUGGAUCAGAUCGUGGAAUUAGAUGACCUUGUUGCCGGGGAACACGUGAUCUUCAAUGCUGUAAACAGCUGGGCAGAGGCAGAGUGUGGACGUCAGGCAAGGGAGGUAACACCUCAAGCCAAGAGAUCCAUUCUUGGAGAAACAGUAAUGAAAGUUAGAUAUCCCCUUUUAGAACCUUCGUUUCUGGCAGGUGAGGUGAAAUCUAGUGGGCUCUUAUCUGACUCUGAGCGACUUAAGAUAUUCGAUUACAGAGCUAACUCAGAUAAUGACGUAAAGCCAUUCAAAACCAAUCUGAGAACUAAAUGUAUCAAACUGCCCGUACAGUAUGCCUAUAGAUACAUGUAUAAUGAGGGUCAUUGGGGAUGCAGUGGAGGAACAGAUGCUAUUUCAUUCCGUACCAGCAAGAACGUCACACUGAUUGGAUAUCAACUUUAUGGCCCAUACACAACCAGUAAUGACGAUUACACUGUCACGUCUUACUUUGGGAACGAGGAUGCAGUUCUGAACUCGAAGAUUCAGGAUGCCAAGGUGUAUCGGGCUGACGACGAGACGUUUGAUGUGUUGCUGGAGAAGCCUGUUACCGUCAGUGCCGGGCAGUGGUACACUCUGGCGGUGGUGAUACAGGGACAGAUCACGUCGCAUGGACGUGCAGGACGUGAGGAAGUGUAUUGUAACGUGGGGAGAGUGACGUUUGAUUUCAGGACAUCCAAGCACAGCACAAAUGGUACAGAUGUAUCACACGGACAGAUACCAUCUCUCAUCUAUCGUCCUACCUGAACCUGCACUGGGAUAUCAGGAUAUCACAAUACAAACAAAGCUAUUUGGAUAUCACAACAUGCCAGUAACAUGUAUAUUAAAACACAAUUUUAUCACAUGUAAUCAUCCUUUCAAUAAAAUUAGUUAGGAAGCUCUUCAAUGUCAAGAGGCGACAUACCGGUUCGACUGGUCAGGCUCGCUGAUUUGGUUGAUGCAUGUCAUCGUAUACCAAUUGCGUAGAUCGAUGCUCAUGAUGUAAAUCACUGGAUCUUCUGGUACAGACUCGAUUAUUUACGGACCGCCGUCAUACAGGUGGACUAUUGCUCAGUGCGGCGUUAAACCAACCAACCAACCAACAAACAAACCUAUUGUGCGUGGGGAAUCUGUGACAGAAUAUUUCCAUUUGCAUCCAAUGAUUGGUGUGAGAACCGAUGUCAUAGAUGUCGCAAGGCUAAGAACAACGACAAUUAACCUUGAAGUUCGUUUACAGUGUGUCCAAAAAACUUCGGUCCUAGGUAACAACGUCCAACGACUACUAAUCCCGGGGGAUCUUCGGGGAGUGAGGGGGCACGGGUGGCCCAGUCGUCUAAGGCGCCGCGAUUCGCUGUGCAGAGUUGCGUCCCUUGGGCACGCCAGAAACCUAUGAUUGUGGGUUCGAAUCCCCGUUCGCCCCGAUUAUGUU